GGGGGUUGCUGCUGAUCUGCAUACGAUCUCUAACCAAGAGACACGUGUGCUUGUUCCUACACAGCAAUAAAGAACAACCACAGAGGAAUGAGGUUUUGUUUCUUUCUGUGCCUUUUGGCCAUGUGCUCCGCCUUUGCACUGCCUGUAGAUGGCACCGUGGGUUCUAUUAUUUCCAUUCUAUGGCCGCAAAAGUAUCCCCCUGGACUAACACCAGUAAAGAUGGGAUUGAUCACCGCCUACGCCCUGACUCCCUGCACCCGAGAGCGAACUCCCACCACCGUCGCCUUCCGCUCGAGGGACGAAUGCUCGGAGAAGUGCUCUGGACACUGUGCCCUUUGCAAUGCCACCUGUAUCUUUGGGAACCGAUGUGUUUGCGGCACAGAUACUUACUGCGUUUACGAUCCGAAUACGAGCAACCUUCAACCAGGAGCACUGCUACCAAGAAUUUGCCUGCCCAUUGAGAACUUCAAAGAACGCAAAUGAACCUAUUACUUGUAUUAAAUCUAAGGGAUCUAAGAGUUAUAGUAUACA